AUGGCGUACAUACAGUUGGAGCCAUUAAAUGAGGGCUUUCUUUCUAGAAUCUCUGAUCUGCUGCUGUGUAGAUGGACCUGUCGCCACUGCUGUCAAAAAUGUUAUGAGUGUAGCUGCUGCCAGUCAAGUGAAGAUGAAGUUGAAAUCUUGGGACCUUUCCCUGCCCAGACUCCACCCUGGUUGAUGAGCAACCGGAAUGAAGAUAAGAAUGGGGACUCAGACCACACUGCCAGUGAAGCUCCUCCAACCCCACAGGAUGAUUCUCCAGAUCGGAGACGGUCGUCUUCGGAUACAUCGAAGUCUGCGUACAGCCUUACCCGGAGGAUUUCAAGUCUCGAGUCCAGACGGCCCAGCUCUCCUCUUAUUGAUAUUAAACCCAUUGAGUUUGGGAUUAUUGGAGCCAAGAAGGAAAUCAUCCAACCCUCCGUGCUGAGAAGGACCUAUACCCCUGAUGACUAUUUCAGAAAGUUUGAGCCCAGACUGUACUCCCUUGACUCUAACAGUGAUGACAUGGAUUCGCUGACUGAUGAAGAGAUUUUAUCCAAAUACCAGCUGGGCAUGCUGCAUUUCAGCACCCAAUAUGAUCUGCUGCAUAAUUACCUAACAGUGAGGGUGAUUGAGGCCAGGGACCUGCCACCUCCCAUCUCCUACGAUGGCUCCCGACAAGAUAUGGCUCAUUCAAACCCUUACGUGAAGAUUUGCCUCUUGCCAGACCAGAAGAAUUCCAAGCAGACAGGGGUUAAACGCAAGACCCAGAACCCCGUGUUUGAGGAGCGCUACACCUUCGAGAUCCCGUUUCUAGAAGCCCAAAGAAGAACUUUGCUUUUAACUAUAGUGGAUUUUGAUAAGUUCUCACGUCACUGUGUCAUUGGAAAAGUUUCCGUGCCUUUAAGUGAAGUGGACCUGGUGAAGGGGGGGCACUGGUGGAAAGCUCUGGUUCCCAGUUCUCAGUCACUGAAGGAGCCACCACCACGAUCUCCUCGGGAUCAGUUGUGGGACCAUUGUAAGCUUCAUGGAGGGUUUUUUGGUUCGGGCUGGUUUGGCUUGAUAAGGGCAAGGGCUAAGCAAAUGGUGGUUACAUUACUUGCCCAGGGUUCAGACCCCUUUGUAAAGAUCCAGCUGGUUCAUGGACUCAAACUGGUGAAGUCCAAGAAGACUUCCUUUAUGAGAGGAACAAUCGAUCCUUUCUACAAUGAGUCUUUCAGUUUCAAGGUCCCACAAGAAGAGCUUGAAAAUGCCAGCCUAGUAUUUACUGUGUAUGGCCAUAACAUGAAGAGCAGCAAUGACUUCAUCGGGCGGAUUGUCAUUGGCCAGUACUCCACUGGAUCCUCCGAAUCCAACCACUGGCGGCGGAUGCUGAACACCCACCGGACAGCCGUGGAGCAGUGGCAUAGCCUCCGGUCCCGAGCUGAGUGUGACCGGGUCUCCCCUGCCUCUCUCGAGGUGACGUGAGAGUUCCUGGGUGAUUUAUUUUCCCCUCCAAAAAAAAAUUUAGAGGAAAAAUAAAAGGCUGACAUAUACACACACACAUACUAUACAUUUGAGUAUACACACGCAUACAUAAUCACCAUGGAGUUGAGAGUCACGGACACAAUGACUACGGAAACAAAAACAACCGCCUUUGAUAAGGAGCCUGACAAGACAUUCCUGUGUCCCAUUUCCAGACGAUGUGAACGGCGCUCGUCGUUUCUUCUCUGGGACUCACUAACGUUGCCACCCCUCUGCCCUUUGCCCCACCACUUCAAUGCCAAGGGCACUUUUGCAUUAGCAAGAAGAAAGGCUGCCCAGCCUCCACCUGACUGGUUUGCUUGGUGUUGGGUCAGAGCGUGGGGAGAUUCCUGGGAACCUUUCCAAAGGGUCACUGUAGGCUUGACAGCAUGUGCACACUCAAUUUCUCUUUCCCAGAGGUAUAAGUAUCUAUGUAUUCUCUUGGUGAAUGUGAUGAGUAGAUUAGAUUGUUUGGGGAAAAAAAAUUUCCAAUAUAUAUAAUGUGGUAAAAUAAUUUCUGACUUAACAGAUCUGUCCUUGUGUUAGCUUAUUACCCUGCAACUCUUGUCGGUACGUACGCUUAUGUUCUUGUCUCAAAGCACACGUGUGUGAAUGUGUGUGUGCACCGGAGUCCUCUUGUGUGGAAGAUGGUGUGCUGGGACCUAGACCUCAUGGUCUUCCCCCAUGACUGAAUUGUCAAACAACCAAGCCCCUCCCAUCUAAUAUUCACACAUCUAUAUGUAAAGUAUGUGGAAUAUGACAUAGCAAAAUAAUCCUUUGGAGUGGACUCAUAGAAUGAUCCAGAGAAAACCAUCGAAGACAGUCACCCAGGACUGAUGCCAUGGAUCAAAAUAUUCCCAAACCCUCCACUGGGCUCAAUCUCUUUCCCCAACAGACUCUUGUGGUCAUUCUGUGUUUGUGUGUGAAUCAAAGUCAUUCCCCACUCCCAUAGCCCCUAAAUUAAGGAGGUAGCCUAGUUAGAGAGUAGAGAGUAGAACUGUUUACUCUUUCGAAUGCAUCUGUACAUUUUUCAGAACAUAUUGUCUGGUAUGAUGGAGACUGUAUAUUUAUUGAAAUUAAAGAUUUAUUUAU